UUUUUGAUGUUGCACACGAUAUGGCCUGUAUGCCAUUAUAAGAUAGGUGCAUGCAAUGGAUCAUGGUAAAUAGAAUUCAAACGAACAGGGAUCUAUUAAAAGACGGACAGAUUUGUAUUGGGUUGUUUGGAUAUCAGUGCUUUCACUUUCACAGGAGGUCCCAACAACGCCCGGUGCCACUGCGCGCUCUGCUGCUGACGCAACCACGUAGUCGAGAGUCAAUGCGAUGGCGGACCGCAGUGUCCCCAGUCCUGCCCACGGAGGGACGGGACAAAGUCACUGAGACAACACCUGUGAGCGGAGAAACCUGCCAUAGCCAUUCCUUUAAAGUGAAAACUGCGAGGCUAUGUGGAAUGCAACUAGCGCCGAGUGCGCUCCCUGGGACGGACCAGAAGUGGAGUGAAAACAGCCGGAGUUUGCUGCGCGGAGCCACCGCAUGUUGAGCCAGCAAGUUCACUGAGGUAUUAAAAGUCGCAUUGACGUGAAGGGACCGACGCUCCUGGAUUUAACGGAGCUUAGAGGAGUUUUUAUUCCGGCAAAAUGAAGUUCGCAGAGCAUCUUUCUUCCCAUAUUACACCGGAGUGGAGGAAACAAUACCUUCAAUAUGAGGCAUUCAAGGAUAUGCUGUAUGCUGCCCAGGACCAAGCUCCCUCCAUAGAAGUCACAGAUGAUGACACAGUGAAAAGGUACUAUGCCAAGUUUGAAGAAAGCUUUUUCCAAACGUGUGAGAAGGAGCUCCUUAAAAUCAACACAUUUUAUUCAGAGAAGCUUGCUGAAGCCCAGAGGCGCUUUGCCACUUUACAAAAUGAGCUGCAGUCAUCCCUGGACGCUCAAAGGGAGAGCAUCACCCCUCCAGGUCUCCGCAGACGUAAGACCGUCUUUAACCGGUCCCAGGAGGAGCGUUGCCAACAUCGCAACAUCAAGGACCUCAAACUGGCCUUCAGCGAGUUCUACCUCAGCCUUAUCCUCCUGCAGAACUACCAGGUCUGA